AUGCAUUCCAUCCUGUCCUCAACAACGCUGGUUUUCGGUGUGCUGGCCACAUCCGUCCUCGCCUCCCCUCAAUAUGGCGACGGCGGAUCAGCGACAACUUCUGCCUCGGCCUCCUCCUCGAGCGCUGGCGUCCACGCGGUGAAGGUGGGCCCAGGCCUAACUUUCACUCCCGAUACUGUGACCGCCGCUGAAGGCGACUGGGUUGAAUUCACAUUCGGCUCCGGUCACUCCGUCGCUCAGUCGACCUUUGAUGCUCCUUGCGUGCCCAUGGACGGCGGCGCUGGCGUUUACUCCGGAUUCCCCAACAAUGGCGAUAUCUGGCGGAUCCAGGUCAACAGCACGGAUCCACUGUGGCUGUACUGCUCAGCAGUUGGCCACUGUGAGGGAGGCAUGGUCAUGGUUGUGAACCCUCCAUCCAGCGGUAAUACCCUCGACGCAUACAAAUCUGCCGCAGCCAAUGCUCAGGCAUCGUCGCCUGAGACUGUCCAGGGCGGUGUCUUCGGCGCCGCCUCAGACGAUUCCAGCAGCUCAAGCAGCAGCGCUUCCAGCACUGCCAGCGCCACGGGAGAUAGUGCCAGUGCGUCGCCGACAGGAAAUGCUGGGACCUCGAAUGUCAUCUCCAAUGGUCUGAUGAUCAUGGGUGCCGUUGCUGCCGGCGCUGCCGCUGUUUUGUAG